AAUGUUGUAUCUUCUGCUUAAUUUAUAUGAACCUUUUUCAUCUAUUUGACCAUAUAUUAGAGCCAAUACGUAGUACAAGUUUGGUUUUAACCUUUCCAGAUACCCGGUAUAUGCGUGUUUCUUAUCAAGUAUGCGUUCCGCAUUAGAAAUAACAUGUAGUUGUUUCACAAACGGUGUUCUGAAUAACAAAGACCAGUGUGGAAAUGCUAGAUAUUCAACAAUACAAUCGCAAUGUUGGAAUUUGUCGUAAAUUGCAAUCAAGUAUCCAUGUUUUUAUCAGAAGCCUGUAAGAGAACGAUCCAUCUUUGCUAAAUAUAUUUUCGACGCGCGAAAGAACGCGUCAGUCUGUGCACUGCGUUGCACGAGUAAGGUUGUAACGGUAGGUUUCUUAUUUCUAAAAGAAAUAAUAUUUGUACUACGUGAUAAACUUUGCUCGGGUUAAGUUUCAAUAUCGAAUAUAUAGAAGUGAUAAGUGCCGAAAUAAGAAAGAAUUGAACAUUGUGGUUAUAAAGUGUGCAAGUGGUUAAUUCUUCCAUGGAAAUGCGGAAUGAAUUAUGCAGACCUCUUUAUCGAAACAAGUAAUCGGUUGUAUCGGAAAGUGCACCUCCGGUCUGAAUCCUGAAGAAUUAGAUCAGAUUACGGAUAAUAUAAAUAAAACUUUGGCACAUCCAAGAGGGAGAGAAAUUUUUAAAAAGUAUUUGGUGCAACGAGACCUCAGGGAUAAUCUCGAGUGUUUGGAACUAUACGAAACUUGUUGCGAUUUUAUCGACCAAGAAAAAAACUGUUCACAGUCGAAAAAGGAAUCAUCCCUGGGACCAUUAAUCGAUAAUGUCACGAGGGUGAAAGAAAUGGCAGAAGAUUUGGAUGGGGUGCCCCAGAUAGAUAUGGCACUUCUGGAAUGUUUUAACAAGGCUUUAAAUAGUGACUCGAGAACGGAUUUACUUGGCGUUUUGGUGGAUACCAGGGAUCGUUCUCGGAAUCAUUUGAGACGCGCUCACGAAGGUUUCAAGAAAUAUGCCUCCGAGCCCUGUCCUAUGACCAAGUAACAAACAAAAGUACUAAAUACGAAUUACGUAUCUAUACAUUCAUUAUCGACAAUGCCAGUUUCACAGUAAAUAUGAUACUGGAGAAAAUCACUGUUUGGCCCUCGUUCGUAAUGUUUCGAGCGAAAUUUCUACAGUCGAGUUUAAAAGGAAUGGAUCGAUCAAAUACAGACUUCCCCAAAUUUCAAAUAGUAUUGCCUUUAUUUACAGAAAUUUCACUUAUAAUUCGCGUGGCAACCGAUCUUACAAUUUUCUAUUCGAAUGGUAAUAGAAAUAUUGAGAUUUUUUGGCCGCAGCGUCCAUGCGAUGCGGUUAUUGCUUUGUGUUUUUUAAUACUUUGAGGGCCGAUGUCGCUAUUCAUGAUUUUAUACAAUGUACAUUACUUUUAUCGGCCGUAUCGGGUAUCAGCGUACUGUAAGUUGAACUUUAGAACAUAAUUCAGCUAAUUUAAGUAUUUAUAAAGCGAAACGCAAAAUUGCGAGAGUCAGAAGUUUCAUGAUUUGAUCGACCUAAGUUAGUCAGAGUGUUAAUUUAUAAAACGCGACAUAUAAUGUUGCUUGAAUCCGUGAAAUUGAACGUGUCGUGCACGUUGUCCGUAUCGGUAUAAGUCCUGUGAUGUUUAACGAUCAUCAGUUUGUAUUUAUUUAAAUUGUAUACGUAAUUUAAUAAUAAAAAAAAAAAAAAAAUAAAGAAAAAAAAAGAAUGAAAAAAUUGGUGCGCCAUCAGCUCACUUCAAGUUUCAUCCACGUUAUUUCAUGUUUUAUUUUCUUUUUGACAAUGUUCAAUUAAUUUGUGCAUAUUUCGUAUAUUAUUCGCAAGAUGAAUCGAACGUGCGCGGAAAAUUCUUGCACGCGUACGAUUUCAACGAAAGAAUACACUAUGAAAAUAAACGAUAUUCGUGAUACGGUAAGAUUCUUAGAGGAGAGUUUAAUGGUUUCACGAAGUUUAGAAGCCGAACAAUGGCUUUGCUACUCGAAAUUGAAAACUAAAAAUAAAGUAACGACGGAUGAUUUAAAAAAAGCGAAUAACCGUAAUAAAAAUAUGUUAAGUACGCGUCACUGUAUUCGAAGAUUAAGAAAAAGUAGGCUUUUUAAUUUAUCGGAAUGCAAUU